AUGCGGAAUAAAUUUGAUGGUUUUAUGCAAGUCAACAAUUUUUGCACUCAUAGAGCCGGAUGGAUUUUAAUCUUGGGGAAUUCAUCAAAAGUCAAACUGGAAGUUUUGGAGACUAACCCACAAGUCAUCCAUUGUAUUGUUACUUUCAAGGUAACAUCUUAUACCUUUGUUGUUAGCUUUGUUUAUGCUUUUCAUACAAUUGUUAGCCGGAGGCCGCUUUGGAACAACAUCAUGGAUUUCAAUGCAAAUGUGUCAUUACCUUGGAUGAUUCUUGGUGAUUUUAACGAUGUGCUCAAAUUCAAUGAGAAAAACAAUGGGGCAGAAGUAACUCCUUAUGAAAUUCAAGAUUUUGCUAAUUGUUGCCUUCAUGCUGGCCUUACGAAUGUGCGCUCCAUUGGUUGUCUUUACACAUGGACUAAUAAUUCAGUAUGGAGCAAAAUUGAUAGAGCUAUGGUGAAUGACAUUUGGGUGGCUUUCCGACCAUUCUCCAUGCAUUGUGUCCAUUCAAGACCAUAUAGUGAACACUAG